AUGUCGUCGUAUCCGUCGCAGUCCUCGGACGGCCCGCGGACGCGAUCGCGCGCGGCGGCGACCGCCGGCGGCGACCGAUCGGCGUCGUCGUCGUCGUCGAUCGGCGCCGCUGCGCGAUCGCGCGACGACGAUCGCGGUGAUGGCGACGACGCGCGCGAUCGCCGCGACGACGCCCGCGGCGGCGGCGGCGGCGGCGGCGGCGGCGUCGCCAUCACCGCGCCGCCGCCGCCGCAUCCCGCGCGAGGCAGAGACGACGACGCGAGGACGACGACGACGACGACGGCCGCCGCCGCCGGCGACGACGCCGCGUCCGUGAGAGGCGGCGCGGACGGAGUACGAUGGGAGUACGGCGCGAUCGCGACCCUCCGCGACUCGUUCGGGUUCGUCCGCAGGCAUCACAAGCCCGGGCCGCAGCUCUUCUUCCACGCGUCGGAGGUGAGCGAGGGGAUCGCGACGCUAAAGCCCGGGGACGACGUCCGGUUCGUGCUCCGCGAGGCGGUCCCAGGCGCGGGCGCGAGAGACCGCGAGAGCAAGCCGAACGCGACGCGGGUGGAAAAAGUAAACGCGGACGAGAUGCGUCCCGUCGUGAAGCGCGCGGCGGUCGUGGGCGAGGUCGUGCGCGCGCUGCGGGGGAAGACGAAGCUCGAGUCGUACGGAGGGAGGAUAUCGUUUCAGAUCGGCAGCGGCGACGCGCCGGCGGCGGGGUUGGACGACGACGCGUUCCCGGCGCUCGGCGGCGGCGGCGAGAAGCGUCCGGCGGCGGCGGCGGCGGCGGCGGCGGCGGCGCCUUCCCCGCGAUUCGAUUCGAUCGAGUUCACCGGGGUCGACCUCGCGGACUCGUGCCCGCGUCUCAAGCUCGGGGACGUCGUGAUCUUCGACGUCGUCGUGGACCGGUUCACGGACGAGCGCAAGGCGGCGCGCGUGCGGCUCUCGAACGCGGCGCGGGUGGGAGCCGGCGGCGGCGGCGCGGCCGGGUCGGCGGGCGACGCGGUCGCGCCGUCCCUCCCGGAUAAGGGCACGGACGCGUCCGGGCGCGAGCUCGGGCGCGUCGAGAAGCUGACGCACUCGUACGGGUUCAUCCGCAAGAUCGGCGGCGGCGGCGCGGGCGGCGGCGGUCGCGCGUCGCCGUCGCUGUUCUUCCACUACUCCGCGCUGGAACGCGGGUGCUUCGAGGACGACCUCGCGAUCGGCCUCCCCGUGCGGUUCACGCGAGCGAGCGACGGCAGGGCGGGGAAGCCGACCGCGUCGCGCGUCGCGUUCGCGAAGGACGAGGAGCCGCUCGCGAGGGAGCUGGAGAAGGAGGAGAGGGAGGCGGCGUCGGCGGCGAGGCGCGCGGCGCCGAAUCCGUCGGACGGCGACCGGUGGGGCAAGGCGGCGGAUUCGAACUCAUCAAACGCCCGGGGGGGCGCGUCCGACGCGGACUUAGCCGCGGCGGCCGCCGCCGCGGCCGCGGACGACGACCACGAGUACGGCGUCGUCGCGCAGAUGAAAGCGAGCUACGGGUUCAUUCGAUGCUGCGACCGCGCGAACGAUUUGUUUUUCCACUUCACGGAGGUGCGAGGCGGCGAACGAGCGAUCGACGUCGGCGCCGAGGUGCGUUUCGUCUUGGGCCGCGGGCGCGGCGGCGGCGGGGAUAAGCCCGUCGCGACGCGCAUCGAGCCCGCGCCGAAGGGCAGCGCGGUGUUCGAGACGAUCGAGCCGGAGGUUCGCAGAGGCGUCUGCGUCGCGAGGCUGGUCUUCGGCCGCGCGGGAGGAUCAGGGGGAUCGUUCGGCGGCGGCGCGGGUGGGCGCGGCGAUCGCGACGGCGGGACGAACGGCGCGGUGUCGUUCGAGCCGCGGCCGGAUGAGCCCGAGUACGUCCCUCCCGAGGAAGCCGCCCCGGCGGCGGCGGCGGAGGGCCCCGAGGGGGAUGUGGAGGAGGAGGUGGCGGCGACGGAGGAGACGAGCGACGCGCCCGCGGCGACGGAGGGGACGGUGGAGGGCGCGGCGGUUUCCGCGGCGGGUUCGAAAAAGGAGAAGAAGCUGUCGCCCUCCGCGGCGCGUCCCCCCUCGCGGUCGCCGACGCUGCCCUUCUCGCGCGCCGGGCUCGCGGACGCCAAGACCAACCCGCGACCCGGGGACGUCGUGACGUUUCAGAUUCGCGUCGAUCGGCGAACGAAACGUCGCGGCGCGUGCAACGUCGCCGUCGUCCGACACAAGGGCGUCGUCCGCGGCGUCAAGGGGGGCGGUUCGUACGGCUUCGUCGUGCACUUCGACGACGGCGCCGUCCUGGAGGAGCUCCCCGAGGGCGAGGCGGGCGACGAGGACGACGACGCGACAGCAGCGAAAGGGAAGACCGCGGUCGCGAAGGAGGCGAAAGAGAAGGAAGACGAAGCGGCGAAAUCUUCGCUUAAGGAAGACGAACCGUCAAAAGAACCGUCGCAGCUCGUGGGCUACCUCAGCACGGUGGGCCUCGGCGACGCGCCGCCGCCGGAGAUCAUCCUCAAUCCCCGCUUCAAAAAGACCAAGUACCGCGGCGUCCCGACCAAGGUGUUCUUCCACGGCAGCGAGUGCGAGAACGGCGUGACGCUCAACGAGGGCGACGAGGUGGAGUACACCUUGUCGAUGCCGAGCAAAGGCUCGACGAAGGAGCCGUGCGCGCGGCGGAUCGUGCGGACGAAGGAGACGCCGCAACCCAAGCGUCCGACGUUUACCAACGUCCGCGAUGGCGACGGCGACGGCGACGGCGACGGCGACGGCGACGGCGGCCGGCCGGAGGGGUCGAAGUUCGGAGGCGGCGGCGACGCCUCGCGCGUCGUCGAGGCGAAGAUGCCGGACGGCACGCGAGGGUUCGCGAUGGGACGCGGCGCGGGGCUGGCUGAGGCGGCGAGCGCGGCCAUCUCGCGGCUGAAGAUCGCGGCGCGAUUGUUCACGCCGCCGUCGCCGAGGAGCGCGGCGGAGUCGCCGACGCCGCCGCCGGAGCAGGUGGAGGACGCGGAGGAGUGAGAGGCGGCGGCGGCGGCGGCGGCGGCGCGUUCGUUUGUUCGCGCGGGUGAUUGCGUUUAUGAGGCGGGGCGAGGCGGGGCGGGGGAGCGGCGUCGACGCGGCGAGCGAGAGAAAGUUGAACAUUUUGACAUGGCGACGACUGCGACCACU